GACAUCUAUGGAGGCUUGCACAGCUUUUUACUGGAUCUGAUUAGUAAGAUCGGGAUCGUGGUGUCUAUCACAGGCCUGACCCUCACUCUUAUCUCCUACCUGAUAUUCAAGCAGCUUCGUAAGACCAGACCACAGCACAUCCUCACCAACCUGUGCAUCGCCUUACUGGCGACCCUCAUCCUCUUCCUGACCGGCAUCGACGCUACCCACUCCCCAAUCGGCUGCACCGUCGUGGCGUUUCUGCUGCACUACUUCCUCCUGGCUGUGUUCAUGUGGAUGGCAGUGGAAGCCUUCAACAUGUAUCUGGCCUUCAUCAAAGUCUUGGGGGCACAUGUUUCCAGAUUUAUCCUCAAGGCAGCCAUAUUUGCGUGGGGUCUUCCGUUGGUCAUUGCCAUCGCUACUUUGGCUGUGGAUGUUCCCAGCACCUAUCCUGGACAGGGAACCUACAGGAGCAAUAGCGUUUGCUGGCUGCAGGGUAACCAGCUGUACUACGGUUUCCUGUUGCCUGCCGGACUGGUACUGGUGUUCAACACCAUCGUGUACAUCAUGGUCAUCAGUAAGCUGUCCUGUGGAGAGAGGACCGACGGAAAAAUCGCUCAUCCCGGAAGUGGUGCGACGAAGCAGAAUCUGCGUAUCGCCAUCGCCAUCAUGGUGCUGGUCGGACUCACCUGGAUCUUUGGAGUCUUCAUGAUCAGUGACGGAAGGAUCGUCUUUUCCUACUUGUUCUGCAUCUUCAACUCCCUGCAAGGAUUCUUCAUCUUCAUCUUCCAUUGCCUCCGUCAAAAGGAAGUCCGGAACCUGUGGUUGAAGUUUUGCGGAUGUCUCGUGGACGAUUCUCGUGCAACCAAGUACUCGACAGGAACGUCGUCGUCAAACCCAACUGAUCUGAAUACGGACUACAACUCGCGGGGACAGCUGAGAGGCAAUGGGGUACCCAUGAAAACGUAUUCGGAAUAGUCUGUGUUAAAAGUAAUUUUGUCACAAAUACAUAGAACACAGACGGAAAUAAAACACUUCCUAAAUUACAUCCAAUCAUAAUGAGUAUCAUUCAAUGAACAAAGUUUAAGAUGUUGGUACAAAAUAUAAACAGCGUAUAAGUUUUAUACGAUUUAUUCUUCCAGUCUAUGAUCCCGGUCGCCAUUGUAAUCAAGUAUCCCUCCACCGGCACUCCAAAUCAUUUUACAAGCCUAAGGACACACACACAAAAGUAUGAUGAAUUUCAACUGUAUGUAAUAAUGAAUCUAUGAUUGUGCACUUAUUGCCUCCCAAAGACAUUUUUCAGUCAAAAUCUAUAUUUCAAUUAAUAUGCUGAAACAGGAACUUUAUACGUAGUAAACACUGUAACUUCGACAGGAAUUAAUAGAUUCGAACCGCGAAAAUCAUGUACUAAUUCACAUAAUUAAUGAGAAAAUUGCAUAAUACCCCAGAUUAUCCAUACUACACAUAAAGGAUAAAGUUAUCACCAGAUAUAAAUAGUUAAAAUUUUGACAUUGUCUUUAUUAGUAAAGAGAAUCGAAGAUACUUUUUUAUAAUUUUUGAAGAACGAAGUUCAUAAUUUGAGUCUAAACAGGCAUAAAGGUAUGUAGUUUUUUAAAGAGGAGAUAAAGAGACAUAUUUAUGUAAUUAAUGAGGUCCAAGGCUAUAGUAUAGAUUUAUUAUAUAUGCAAGCUAGUUACCCGCUGUGAUCCCCGGGGGUUCCACAGACCCACUAUUAUACAUGUCAAACUAUUUACACAGAUGAUAUUUUAACGGUGUUUUGAAAGUAGGUAGCUCUAAUUUUAACUAAACGACAACUUUUACUUUAUUUGAAUUGUGAGAUGAUUUUAAAAUGCCAAUUCUAAAUUUUGCUGUAUUACAUUGUAGCUAUAAAGGUUUUUUCUCGGACUGACAAGAGAUGAUAUUCAAUGCAAUUGUCAGUCUUUAUUACAGAAUAUAUUUCUUUUUUGCCUCUAGCCGUAGAGAAACUUCGUAAAAUAAAGACGCUAAUUGAACAUGUUUCCAAAAGAAUUGGCAUCGAUUUUAGGGUUCAGCCAAAUGUUUUGAAAUAGAAUGUUUUACGUUAUAUA